AUGUCUUCGGAGUUUUGCCGUGCGCAGCUCUUGGAAGAUGGCAGCUGCUGCCUCGAUCAGAUCGGCGACCGAUCUGUGCUGCAGAGGAGCAUCAGUCGACCUGGCACCUCCUGGGAGUGUAUCGCGGCUAAGGGCUGCGUUUCAGAGCCCCCUGGUUUGCGUGGGGAUGACCUGCUGUCCAUUCCGCCCGCUGCGACGUGCGAAUCCUGCCGCAUUCUUUUCUUGCAUGGAGGCAGUUGGUAUUUUGGCUCACCGACUUCGACCGGCUACCAUGUGCUGGCUUCGAAGCUGGCCGCGAGAACAGGAUGUAUCGUCAUGAUGCCCGAUUUUCCGUUGCUGCCAGUCGGAGACUUUGACUCUAUGCUCCAAGCUUCUAUUGAAGCGAUCGUGUGGCUUGGGUCUCCUGCAGUUCUGGAAAACUGUCAGGCCGACGAUCCUGCCAAGCUGUUCGUCGGUGGAGACUCCAGCGGAGCCACAACGGCCAUCAGCCUCAUCCUCCAUUUACAGAGCCCCGGUGCCAGCAUGCCCAUGCCCAAGCUCAAUGUUGCCGGCGGUUUUAUGUGGAGUCCAUGGACCAAUUUGAUGUGUGACACACCGGAAUACUUCACCAACGCGUACUCGAGGAUCUUCAACUCAAGCUUGGGCAAAGCUUCAGGUCACCAAGGUGACAUAUUGUUCAGAAGCCCGCCAGAAAGAAACAUGGAAGAGUUUCGUGAGGUGGCCUUGCAAUAUGUUGGAGGACACAAACAAAUGCUGCUAGACCCGGUUGCAUCCCCAAUAUACGCAAGCGCAAAGAUGCUCGCUUCGGUGCCUCCUCUACACUUCUUGGUGGGCUCCGAGGAAACAUUGCUGGGAGACAGCGUCAUCUUGGCUCAGAAGGCUGCAGCAAGCGGCGCAACGAUUGUGGUCGAUAUUUACCAUGGAAUGUGGCACGACUUUCCGAUGUACUCGGAAGGCUGCGGUGCGGGCACCGAGCUUGUGUUAGGAACGAAAGGAUGGGACAACACGGCUGAAUUCAUUCAAUCUGCCACAGAGAUGCGCGAUUCGAACGGAUGGCCCAUCAUACGUUAUGUCUACGACGAGUCUUUAGAGGGUAAGACCUCCUGGUUCAUGCCGGCGCGGCCACUGCGACUACAUGGCCGGGCACCUCAGCCAUCUAGUUUCGGUGCCUGGCCCUUCUUUGCCGGCCUUGCAAUUGGAGUAUUGCUGAGCACUGCUGUCUUCAUUGGCGUGACACUUUCGCUGACCAGACGACGGAACCUUCGAGAAAACGGCCAACGGGCUGUGCCGCUUGCGCUUGAGAUGUCAACGAGGCACGGCUACUAG